AUGAUCUCGGAGACGGCACACGCCGAAUGCGUGCGGUUACUGGAGCUGCUGACGAACCCUCGUGUGCAGGAGAGCUGGUCAUGGGUGUUCAUGACGCCCGUGAACAUCCCUGGCUACGACCAGGUGAUUAAGAAACCCAUGGACUUGGGAACGAUCAAGAAGAACCUUGGCAGCAAACCCUCACGCUGUCGCUUCAAGUCGCAUGAAAAAUUUGCUAGAGACGUACGUCUAGUCUUUCAGAAUGCGCUUGUAUACAAUAAGGACGACCAGGACGUCAAGGGAUCCGUGUACGCGGCAGCUCAGCAUCUACUGCGGGUUUUCGAGACGGCAUACGCUAAAGCUGUCGAUAACGUCUUCAGAGCGGAUGACGCGGCUGUGGCAGCAGCCAAAGCGGCGCAUCGAGAGGCGAAAGAGGAGAAACGGAGGACUGAGGGCGGUGACGUCGCAAGGCAGGACGGGGAAGGCGCACUGGGCGCGUCUUCCUCAUCUUCGCACCGCCACCACAGCAGUAGCCACCACAGCAGCAGUAGCAGCCAUCACCGCCAUCGAGAUGACGGAGAGGAAGGCAGUAAAUACAAGCACAAACACAGCAAGAAGGAGAAAAAGUCCAAGAAAUCCAAGAAGAAGAACAAGGACCGAGAUAAAGACAGAGAACACAGACAUUCGAGCUCCAGCAGUGGCGACAGCAAGAAGAAAUCUCACCGCAGUGAGCAGGAAAGUGCAGCUGCUUCGUCUUCAAGUGCAGCAACAAAGGAUGUAGUGUCUGCAGCUCCCAGUAGUGGCGUCGCGCCGCCAGCGCCGAGUGUUUCAGUUGCUCCUCCGAGUAGCAACUUAGUGGUGAAGCGAGAACUGACUCCGACUCACUCUUCUGGAGCUAAAAUGUCGGAUUCGCAGGUGACGGCGUGUCUCUCGUUGUUGAUGAAGUUGAUCAAGUAUAAGGAAGGGAACAUUAGUCCCGCAGCGCCGUUCCUACAGCCAAGUCUUGCAUCCGCCCCCGUCUUGAUGCUUCCGGAUGAGUCGAAGCCGUUCCAUGUCGUGUGCGACGCUAGUGACUUUGCCAUCGGGUGUGCCCUGAUGCAGUUUGACGACGAAGGUCGUGAACGCGUGGUGAGUUAUCAGUCUCGCCAGAUGAAGUCGGCGGAAAGAAACUACCCUGUGCACGACAAGGAACUUCUCGCGAUGCGCUACGCGCUGAUAAAGUUCAGGGUGUCUUUACUUGGAAAGCAAAUGUUCGCCGUCUAUACCGAUCACGCAUCGCUGAGGACAGCGAUGGAGAGCCCUCAUCUGCCUCAGCGCAUGGCACGCUGGUUGUCGUUCGUCUCCGAGUAUAACUUCGUCGUACACUACAAGCCCGGCAAGAACAACAUCCUCGCCGAUGCGCUCUCUCGGCGUCCAGACUAUGAUCCCCACGAGCGUCUGGGUCGCCAGACCGUUGAGGAAGACGAAAACGAAGCGUGUCUGACCUGCGACGCGCCGGGGCUGAACCUGACAAACGCGUCUCCUAUUAUGACGUUGCGAGAAGAGAUCGCUGCUGCUUAUGCACACGAUGACCAGUACGCUAAUAUCAUGGUCCACCUGCACGAACCCAGCGACGCCACCCUGAAGGCUCUUCCUCGACCCACGCGCAAUCACAUCGAGCGGUAUCGGCUGGAUGGUACUCUGCUGACGUAUGCCAUCGACUGCUUCGAUGCUCCCAGGAUCGUCGUUCCAAACGACGCUGGUCUCCGCGCCCGGAUCAUCCAUGAGUACCACGACACUCAUGUCAGCGGACAUUUGGGCCGCGAGAAGACCUUCGCGGCUGUACGCGCGACUUCUUCUGGCCGCAUUUUGGAUAAACAGAAGGAAAACGCUGACAAACGUGGACGUAAGAAUCUGAGUACAUUUCACACGGGCGACCGUGUGUUAUUGUCGACCGAAGGUAUCCGUUCAUCGGCUGUUGCUGUUCUUGGUGCAAACAAGCUGGCUCCACGAUUCAUCGGUCCCUUCAAGAUCACCAAGGUUCUUGGCGACGCGUAUACGCUUGAUAUUCCAUCUUCAUUACGACUACACCCGACGUUCUACGUUGGACGACUCAAGCGCUAUCAUCCUGCGGAGAUUCCAGAUCCUGAGCGGCGAGCUACGUCGGCGGAGCAUGCGUCGAACGGCCCUCACGUCGAGCCUGGCGCGCCAUCGAUCCAUCGGACCCAGGCGCCCGCUGUGGCAGGCGAGGUAUUCCCCGAUGUCCACCACGAAAGUGGUCCUCCAGCUCCCGCACCCGAUGCAGCAACUCCCGGUUGGACUGACGAAUUUGCUCCACAGUCCGUUCCGCCCGCCAAACAACGUUUUCAGCCCGCUCAGCACCAACCUGAGCGUCCAGCGCCCGAUUCACAGCAAGGUCGACGUCUUCCAAGGCAGCCCGCUCCGCUCCAGCCCAGUAUCGACGCGACGGCCCUCCGCCGGUAA